CAUUUUGGUGUAAAUUCAAUUAAAAUGUUGUUACUUGAAAAAAAGUAAUGGCUGCUCCUCUAGAAAUUGAUGCGCGCGCGCUCAGUGUUCCAUGUUUCUAAACAUGGCAGGUCGCAGUGGUUUCGACGAUGGAAAUCCUAGGGACUUCGGCGGAGGCCGAAGAACAGCGGGCGGGCGCCCGCUUCCCACCGAGCCACCAUACAAGGCAUACGUCGGAAACUUACCCGGUGAUAUCAUUCAAGGAGAUAUUAACAGAAUUUUUCCCAAUCUAUCCAUUAAAAAUGUGCGAUUGGUGAUGGACAAAGAAACAGACAGAUUCAAAGGGUUCUGCUAUGUAGAAUUUGAAUAUCUUGAUGACUUGAUCAAAGCCAUUGAAAUGAACGGUCUUCUCAAUGUGGACGGAAAUUACAUAAAAAUUGAUGUGGCAGAAGAAAAACGGAAUGACCGAGGGGGCGGUUUCGACCGCGGGCGGCGGGACGGCGGCCGCGGACGCGACGGUGGCGGCGGCGGCCGGGACGGGUUCCGCCGGGACGGCGGCGGCGGCGGCGGCCGCGGUACGUACGACCACUUCGACGCCGAGCGCCGCCCGCCCCGCCACCAGGGUGGAGGGUUCCCUCAUGAUCGCGAGCGCGGCGGAGGCGGCGGCGGCGGCAACGAGCGGUGGGGCGGCGACGUGCGCGCCGAGUCGCGCGGCUCGCGCGGGCCCAGCGAGGAGCCGCGCGCGCCCGCGCAGGACUGGGGCCGCAUGGGCGCGCGCCCCGCGCCCGCCGGCCGCCCCGGCCCCGGCCCCGGCGGCGUCGGCGGCGUCGGCGCCCCGGGAGCCCCGCCCCGGCGCAACUUCGACGACAUGCCCAACUCCCGCCCGGAUACAACCGGCAGACCAAAGCUGAAGCUGCAGCCGCGAACGGUGACGGAGCCGGUGAACUCGCUGGCGUCCACGUCGCAGGCGUCGUCCAUCUUCGGCGGCGCGCGCCCCAGGGAGGAGCGGCUCAAGGAGCUCUCCAACGAGUAACGUGUGUCUGUGUCCCCUCGAUGUCUGCCCGUACUCGUACCGAUGUCUUGUCUGUGGUGCGCCCCCACUCAGUGCCCAGAUAUGAACUGGAAGGCUUUCGUUAGUUUACGAGGUUGUAAAUCAUUUUUAUCAUAUAUUUUGUUAGCUUUAUUAUCUAUCAUUAAUGAGCUUAUAUUAGACCCCGCGCUCAUUUUAGAGCGCGCGUCCGAUGUCAUUCGCAGUAUUUAAAUUGCUAGUGCCGAAUGUCUAUUAAAUUCUCCGGGCUUGUUUGUACGAUAAACUAUGGCUUGCAUAAUAUUUUUUUUUUAUUUGAAGAAAAACUUCUCGUUCGUUUGUUAACUAAUUGAUUUAGUUAUAUUAUGUAAUUAAUACAUAUUCGUUUCUCAAAUGUGGCGAUCUGCAUCGUUGUGGAUUCACUGUUGUACUUGUUUAUCCAUUCGAUUGUUUAGUCUGUUAGGUCACGAAAAUUUAAUCACGGAAUGAGUAAUUAUGAAAAUAGUUUAAGAGCUGAUGUAAUUACGGAUUCAUUAAUAAAAUUAACUUCCACGUA